AUGAUUAGUAAAAAAUUUCUCUUUGAUCUACUAAGUACUGAAUCUGCCUAAACCCACUUUCUAAAAACUGGGGUAUAAUUUAUGAUUAAAUUAGAAAUAAUUGAAGAAGUACCUUUGUUUUAAGAAAUGGAUAUUGAAGCUCAAAGGACUAAACAUUCCAAUAAUAAUGAAAACUAGGGAAAGCAAUCUAAAAACCUACUGUCCCUAAGCCUACUAAAAAAAUCAACUAAAACUAAAUUAUUACUGCUUCACAGUACUAGUUAAAUCAAUUUAAUACAAAAGUAGAGGUAUUAGAGUAUAAUAUGUGGUUUUUAAAUUGUCUAUCGUAUAGAUUAAAAGUAAUUCACAAUUAAUAAAUAUUGA